AUGACGGAUAAAUAUCUUUCAUCUAUACAUGAUAUGAAUCAAAGUAUAUCAAUUGAUCCAUCUGCACUUUUAACAACAUCAACAAUAAAUGCAUUGCAUUUUCCUGAUUUAACAACAUCAGGAAUAUCGGAUUCAGGUGGUGGUGGACGACCAAAAAGUUUUAUUCUCGAUGGAAUUGGUAUGUGUGAAUCAAUGACUGAAAGUUUUUGUUCAGUUUCUGGACAAGAUGAAUCCAUGUUAGUUAAUACUACAAAUGGCCUUCAAUUAGAUACAUCUUUGAAAAGUCUUGGAAAAAAAGAUUCAGUUAAUGCACAAAAACAACGACGUUCACGUAAAGCAAAAUAUGAUGCAGUCAUUGAUGGAUUAUCACUAGAUAGAAUUGAACCUGUGAAUAUACAUGAUGAACAAAAUGAAGCUGAUGAUAAUUGGUUAUAUCAAAUGCCUGAAAAUGGAAAUAAAACAAACCCAAAAUCUGAUAAUAUUUUUUCUUGGGUACAUAAAGAAUUUAAAGAAAAUGAUAUUAAUGCAACUAAACAUAGACUUCUUUGUAAACUCGAUGAUAUGUCACAUGCUCGUACAAUACGAAGUAUUUCAUGUCAUACUUUUGCUGGUAAUCAAAGAUCUGAUAGUGUUAAACGAAGUUCAACUGAACAACAAGUUAAUCAAGGUAUAAAUACAUUUAUUCUUCAUUCAAAAAUAUCUCCAUCUGAUUUACUUGAAAAUGCUCUUUAUUUAACUGAAAUUUUUACAACACCACAACCGAAAAAUGUACAUUUAUCAACAUUAAGUUUGGAUAGUAUUGAAAAAGAUAAUCAUGAUCAUAUUGAUUUAUUUCUAUAUGAUUCACUUAACGAUGAAUCUGAUGAUGAUGAGAAUGAACAGUUUUAUGAUUGUUCAAAUGAUACAGUUUUACUUCAAACAAUUGCAAAUGAACGACAAUUAAUUGAACAAUUAACACGUCGUUGUUCAUCAUUGGAUAGUCUUGAUAAUAAUGAUAAUAAUAAUACAUUAAUGUGGAGUAAACCUAUGAUCAAUGGUCGAAUGACUUCUCCAUUACGUUCAGGUACUCCAUUAUUUAAUGGAAAUAGUAAUACACGACCAACAUCACCUGCUAGUUCAUCACCACUUCGACAUACAAUUGCUGCAACAAGUGCGAGUAUUAAUGUACGUUCAAGAGAUGCUUCAAAAGAACGUGAAAGAGAAACAUUGGAUUAUACUGAUCUAGAAGUAAUGGCGAAAGUACAACUUGAAAAAUUACGUCUAGCUGAACGACAGGGCCCGUUAUCAAAACGUUUCGGAGGCAGUUCAAAUACUUUAUUAAGUACAGAUUCACGUGAUGCUUCGCCUUCAUCGGUAUUUGGUGCUACACGUAAUACAAGUCCUGUUAGUAAUAGUGGUUAUAUGACACCUCGACGUGUACCAAUACGAAAAAAUUCAUUUGUUGUAACUGAAUCUCAAUAUACUCAUGUAUUACCAUCGGUUUCACCACGAUCACAAUCACCAGCUAUAAGAACAGGUCAAUGGAGUGGACGUGUAACACCAUCUGCACUUGAAACUUGUAUGGAAGCAUCAUUCAUUUCUUCAAAUAAUCUUUUACCAAAUCUUGUGUUACCUAAUACUGCUGAUUCUACCUUUGCCGAUAGUGCAUCAGAUCAACCUGGUUAUAAACCUCCUGUUGCACCGAAAUCAUUAGUACCAAAAAAUGGUGUUAAACCAAAUAAUCACCGUCGAUCAAAUACACAAACAAUUACAACAACUACAGCUAAUAGUUAUGAUUUACCUGAUGCUACUGAUGUAAAGACACCAACAACUCGUAACAGUAUUGCAUUGCCAAAUUCAACAAAUAAUAAUAAUCGAGCACGUCCACCUGUAUCACGACCUCUUCAAAACUAUCGUGGUUCUCAAACAUCUUAUAAUAAUAGUCCUAAAGCUCAAUUAACUCCACCACCAUCAGCAUUACCACCAUCUGUUCAAAAAAAUGGUAAAAAACCACCAAAUGAUUUAGGUUCAACUUUUACUGCUAAACAAUUUGGAUCAAACGAAAAUAAUUUACUUAAUGAUGUAAGUAAUAAACCUCGUUCUCAAGUUGCUCCAUUACGACGUCCUCCAUCAACUCAAUCAUCUGUUGAACAAAUUCCAUCAUCAUCAUCAAUUGAUACAACACCAACAAAUGGACAAUCAUCUAUUCCACGUAGUUCAUCAACAUUAAGUCAAGGUAGAAAAAGUGGAAUACCAACAAUUGGUAAACAACAAAGACCAAGUGUUCCUACUCCGACACGACCAUCGACAUCAAAUGCAAUUCCCUCAUCACAAUCAUCGGAUAGUAUGAUGGCAACUCGAAAUAUUCGAGCACCAGCAUCAAUCACACGGCCACAAAUUCCGGACACUGUUUCACCUACAUCAUCAUGGAAUGAAGGAUGUUAUUAA